AUGGCCGAGAAGAAUUCACCCAUCAUCAUCGUCGGCGGUGGACUAGCUGGCCUGGUCGCCGCUUUCGAGCUGUCCAAACGUGGCGUGCACACGGUCAUCAUAGAUCAAGAGAACGAAGCCAAUUUAGGUGGGCAAGCAUUUUGGUCUCUGGGAGGCUUGUUCUGCGUGAAUUCGGCGGACCAGCGUCGGCUGGGUAUUCAAGAUAGUCGAAAGCUGGCAAUGGAGGACUGGUUCAACAGCGCUCGGUUUGAUCGGGAAUGUGACCUCUGGCCCAGGAAAUGGGCCAAGGCGUUUGUGAACUUCGCGACUGACCAUAUGGAGCGUUAUGUCAAGUCGUUGGGGGUGAGCUUUGCCAGUGUUGGCUGGGCGGAACGUGGAGAUGGGAGUGCGGGAGGACACGGGAAUUCUGUCCCGAGAUUUCAUAUAUCCUGGGGUGCUGGUCCUGCCAUUGUGGAGGCCUUUGAGAAGCCGGUGCGUGCAGCCGCGAAGAAAGGGCUUGUGGAGUUCCUGUUUCGUCGCCAGGUGGACUCUUUAAUUGUUGAUGAGGAUACCGGUGCUGUCAUUGGAGUACGAGGCCAAGUGCUCGAGCCGUCGGACACAGUACGCGGUGUGGCCAGCAGUCGAAAGAGCAUCGACACAUUCGAAGUGUACGGCAGCGGGGUGCUUAUUGCCAGUGGAGGCAUCGGCGGCAAUGUAGACCUGGUUAAGAAGAACUGGCCCGUUGAUCGACUCGGGUCUCCUCCGUCAAACUUCGUUAUUGGCGUCCCUGCACAUGUGGACGGACGCAUGAUUGAGAUUGCAAAAGACGCUGGGGCCAAUGUAAUCAAUGAAGACCGCAUGUGGCACUACACUGAAGGUCUACAGAACUGGGAUCCCAUCUGGCCGCAGCAUGGGAUACGUAUCAUCCCUGGACCCUCGUCACUGUGGUUAGAUGCCGCAGGGAAACGGCUUCCUCCAAUGCUCUACCCUGGAUGUGAUACACUUGCCACCUUGAAGCAUAUAUGCAACACUGGCUAUGACUAUACGUGGUUUGUGCUUGAUAAGACAAUUAUUGGCAAGGAGUUCGCACUCUCGGGCUCCGAGCAGAACCCGGAUUUGACAAGCAAAAGCAGGCUAAGGACAUUUCACCGAGCGCUUAGCUCGGCAAUCCCUGGUCCUGUUCAGGCAUUCAUGGAUAAAGGGGUAGAUUUCGUGGUGGAGCCAACAAUAUCCAAAUUAGUGGCUGGGAUGAACAAACUUGCCAAAGAACGAGGCGGUCCCCCUCUGGACGUUAAGAAGAUUGAACGCGAGAUCCACCUCCGCGAUAUGCAAAUUGACAACAAAUUCACGAAAGAUGCUCAAGUAAUGCUGAUUCAGAAUGGGCGAAACUACUGGCCAGAUCGUCUUGGAAGGGUGGCUAAACUGCAUAAGCUUGCGGAUCCAUCACACGGCCCGUUUGUCGCUGUGCGCCUGAAUCUCCUUACUCGCAAGACUCUGGGGGGUCUUGAGACGGAUUUGCAUGGAAGGGUACUUCGCCCGGAUGGGUCAUAUUUCCCAAACCUGUACGCUGCAGGCGAGGUCUCAGGCUUUGGUGGCGGUGGAGUGCAUGGUUAUAGUGCGCUUGAAGGAACAUUUUUAGGGGGUUGUAUCUUCUCAGGGCGAACGGCAGGCAUCAGAAUAGCAGAAGAGGUGGCGGGAAAGCCACCACGGCCUGCUUUGUAG